CGGAAGUGAAACGUUUCAUCAUACUUUUUUAGCAACGUUAACGUAGAAAUGUAUAUUAUAGAACUAUCGCGAAUAACUUAAUAGUAUGGGGAUAUUUGCGUUAUUAAUAUUAAUUGUGUGUGUUGCAGAAUGUGGCCAAUGAAAAAUCGAUUCGGUGACUGCCCAUGUGAGUUCCAAGUCGCAGUUGAAUCAGGAAAGUCACGUUAUUGAUUUCUCAGCUGAAGUUGACUCAGCUCCACGAUCAUAUGCUGCUUGCAGACUUGCACGGUUGUGAAUGUGAAGUCCGUUGAUGGCUGGACAUUGAGUUUGCAGUCUCUUUGUUGGACCCUGGUGUGUGGUUAUGUUCCGGCUCCGGGCCGCAAAUGCCUGCCUUCGUAGGCUCCUUCAUGGGAGUACGGUGAACCUGAACCAAGAUCAGGUUAUGGAGAAGUUAGAGAUGUGCUCUGCUGAAGAUCAGCUGUUUGACAUGGUGGGCAAGAACAAGGGCAAGUUUACCGUGAACCAUCUCAACUGUGCGGUAGGAAUGUUGUGGCAGUUUCAGAAAACUAGGCCCAUCAUGCACAGGACUAUGGCACUCAUCAAAAACCACCCAGAGUUCUUGGCCCUUCAGGUUUUGGCAGAGAACAAAAUUGACCUUAUGGAUGAUUUUAUGCUGGUUGAUAUGCUUUACAGUUUCAUCAGGCUGGCUGUUGAGCCUCACAACUCUGUUAUUCAGCAGUUGGUGUCAGAAGCCUGGCUGAGACUAGAAAGGUUACCAAUGGAACCACUGUCUAAAUUUGCUGUAUGUCUCGGUUAUCAGCAUUUUGAACUCAGUCCUUUAAUGGGCCGCAUAACUAAUAUUGUGGAUCAGAAGUUGUCAUCUAUCAAUGAUGCCAGGGUCCUAGGUUCGCUGAUGAUCAGUGUAUCUUCCUUGGCAUCUCCUCGUCUAUGUGAUGCGCUCAUUAGCAAGGCCGACUGUCUCUUGGACACCACAUAUCCUUCGAACUACAGCACUGCUCGGAACGUAGUACACUUCUUGCGAAACAUCAUGUACCCUCAUCUGCCCCUGCUGGAGAAGUGCAACAAGAUCUUCUUGCACAGUAUUUGUCUGAUGGACACAGAGAACAUCAGCUUCAUCUUAACACUUUUUCGGAGCUUGCACUUCACCGGCUCUGACUUCAGGAUUGCUGUUAAACAAAGGCUCAUAGAACUGAUCGACUCAAACAAUGAUCUUUUUUCCUUUACAAGACUAUUUAACAGUCUGGCUCCCCUUGCCAGUCCAGAGACCAGACAGUGGUUGGAGAAUACGGCCCUCCUGGCAGAUGAACUGGAUGCACACCAGGCCCUGUAUAUAGCUGAAACACUUGAAAAAAUUCGAAGCAGAAACCUUAACUUGUUGCACAAGAUUUCUUCAGUGAUCCAAAGGAACCUUCAUGUCUACAAGCCAGCGGAGGUGGUCAAAUGUACCCAAGUCUUUUUUGCGCUGGAGUACAACAACCCAGAAUUCUUUGCAAAACUGAAAAGCACUUUGUUGAAUUUUUUACGACGGAGUGUCAUUCCCGCAGAAGUGACCAUGUUGACCAGUAUUCUGCCCAUGUUUCCUUGGCGGCCACCUGAUGAGUACAUUAUCUCUCGCAUAGAUGCGGUGUUGCCGCAGUGCACGCUCAAGAAACUCAGCAGCACUGCAUUUACUGUUACCAAGUGGUUGGACAGGGACAGCUUCUAUCACCGCAGCACGUCUGGGAAGUACGUACGCCUGCUGCAGUCCCUGAACUCCUGCGGGCGUGACAGGCUGCAAGCUGCUGUCAGUCUGGAUUUGCUGCUCAAGGAGCUCAACUUCAUUUCUGGGGAGUGGUUCGAGGAAGUGCUGCUGAAGGAGACCGUGGAGACACUGCAGAGGCUAAAGGACCAAUUGAACUACAGAAAUGUGUCAGAUCUGGCCCCUUUCUUAACCAGUAAAAAUGUACUCUGUCCUCCUCUGAUGGAUCAUAUGGCCAGUGUGGUCAUUAAAGACAUCGAAAAGAUUCACCACUUUGUGAUAACAUUAAUCCUGCUUCCAUUUGCUGUGCUUAAUUAUAAUUCCGUCAGUGCCAGCGACUUGUAUGAAGCUUGCAUUCAGCGUGUCAUUCCACACAUCAGCUCCUUUGACCCACAUAAGCUUGUUUUCCUGGCAUCUACCUUGUCAAUGGCUCACUGUUUUCCACAAGAAAUCAUCAGUGAAAUCUUUAAUAUUGACUUUUUGGGAAAGCUGGAUGCUGAAACAGAUUUAGUAUCUGAUCACCGCAAGAUGCAGACACAAGUGCGUCUUAUGGCGCUCAAUCGCGCAGUGUGUUUGGAGUGUCCUGAGUUCCAGGUCCCCUGGUUCCACAAGGACUGCUCUCAGCAGCUGCAAAACAAAGGGAAAGUCACCUUUGGUCCCAUGCGACAACAAAUCUGCAAAAUGCUGAGUGAAGUUCUUGGUGGCAUUAACUAUGUCCGACUCAGAGGUGUUGCGCCGUAUUGUUACACUAUUGACUUUGAAUGCAUACUGGAUAAACACCGUCAGCCGCUGCCCUACAGCAACCCCAACCCCCUGCAGAUAACAGACAGGGAACUGGUGCACUGGAAUCCUAACUCUGUGGAAAACAUCAGGGAUGAGCUGCCACCUGGAGCUCAGCGGGUUGCUGUAGACUUUCUUGAUUCAAAGAAUUACUGCAAAAAUUCUCAACAUAUGAAAGGUGAAUCAGUGCUGAAAAAACAACACCUUGAAAUUCUGGGGUAUCAUGUAGUUCAGAUCCCUCAUUUUGAAUGGAACUCCAUGGAACUUUCAACACAAGAUGCUUGGAAGGAAUACCUAAAGAAGAAAAUAUUUGGAGAGAGUUCUUCUUGAAGAACUGCUUUAUGCAAUAAUCAGAGGUGUUGUACUGUGCAUCCAGAAAGUAUUCACAGCGUUUUACUUUUUCCACAUUUUGUUAUGUUACAGCCAUAUU